AUGGUAAUGGAACCGAAACCCAUGUUAGACAAGGAACAAGAAUGGUUCAAACUGCAAAGUUACUUCUGCAAAGUCGGCAAAACGUUAAACAUCGCCGAGCUAUUCGCCCAAGAUUGCGGAAGAUUCGAAGCUUUUAGCAUAAAACUGAAAACCCCCGAAGACGGCGACAUCCUCGUCGAUUUCUCGAAGAACCGCAUCGACCGAGAGGGCCUCGAUCUCCUCCUGGACCUCGCCCGUUGCCGGAAAAUCGAGAAGGCCCGCGAGCUGAUGUUCAACGGCUGCAAAAUCAACUCCACCGAGAACCGAGCCGUGUUGCACGUGGCCCUCCGAAACCGAUGCGGAACCCCCAUCAAAGUCGACGGCAAAGACGUCAUGCCCGACGUCAACGGAGUCCUGGAACACAUGAAAGAUUUCACUUGCAAAGUGCUCAGCGGAGAGUGGAAAGGUUACACGGAGAAGAAAAUCACCGAUGUGGUGAAUAUCGGUAUCGGGGGCUCGGAUUUGGGACCGUUGAUGGUCACCGAAGCUUUGAAACCAUACAGUCAAGGUUUGAAGAUGCAUUUUGUAUCGAACAUCGAUGGAACCCACUUGGCUGAAGUGCUAAAGAAAGUCAACCCGGAGACUGUCUUGUUUAUCAUAGCAUCGAAAACGUUCACUACUCAAGAGACUUGCACGAACGCCAAAUCGGCCAAGGAUUGGUUUUUGAACACCGCCAAAUCGGAAGAAGCUGUGGCUAAACAUUUCGUAGCCCUCAGUACGAACAAAGAGAAAGUGACUGAGUUCGGUAUCAAUCCAGAUAAUAUGUUCGGUUUCUGGGACUGGGUAGGAGGCAGGUACUCCUUAUGGUCGGCGAUCGGUUUGAGCAUUUGCCUAUCGAUCGGCUUCGACAACUUCGAGAAGCUCCUCGACGGCGCCUUCUUCAUGGACAAUCACUUUCGAAGCGCUCCGUUGGAGAAAAACGUUCCCGUUAUAUUGGCGAUGCUCGGCGUGUGGUAUUCGAACUUCUUCGGCGCCGAAACCCACGCUCUGUUACCCUACGAUCAAUAUCUACACAGAUUCGCCGCCUAUUUCCAACAGGGCGACAUGGAAAGCAACGGGAAAUACAUCACUCGCGGCGGCAAAGAGGUACCCUACACCACGGGUCCCAUCGUUUGGGGCGAACCGGGCACCAACGGUCAACACGCCUUCUACCAGCUCAUCCACCAGGGCACCCGGUUGAUCCCGUGCGAUUUCAUAGCACCUGCCGUUUCCCAUAAUCCCAUCAGCGAUGGGGUCCACCACAAACUGCUACUCGCCAAUUUCCUCGCUCAAACCGAAGCCCUCAUGCUCGGCAAGACCUCCGCUCAAGUGAGGAACGAGCUGUCGAAGAGCAUGGGGCCCGAUGAGUUGGAGAAACUGGUGCCCCAUAAGGUGUUUCGAGGGAACAAACCCACCAAUAGCAUCGUGGUGAAGAAGAUCACGCCGUUUAUACUCGGAGCUCUGAUCGCGAUGUACGAGAUGAAGAUCUUUGUGCAAGGGAUCGUUUGGGACAUAAAUUCGUUUGAUCAAUGGGGCGUGGAGUUGGGAAAGGCUUUGGCGAAGGCCAUCGAGCCGGAAUUGCAAGACGAUAGUCCGGUGACGUCGCACGAUUCGUCUACCAACGGGCUGAUUAAUUUUAUCAAAGCGAACAGUCGUAGUUGUUGA